CAACAACAGUAGGAAUACAUCUGUCACUGAAUACACCGGUGAAACAGUUGUUCAAACAAGAUAUUCGUCCGUGAAAUAUAAGGCUGUUACGUUACUAUUGUCAUAAAAUUUGACAUUAUGUGUGAAAGCAACAGUGCAUGGGAUAUCUGACGAAAUAGAAUGAAGUACACAAUUACUAACAUAUCAUUGGAUUCCUGUUAAUAACCAACGAAACGACACGAGAUUAUUUCAGAAGAUUCAGGCCAUGUGUUAGAGAACUGCAGAAAUUAAUGCUUCAACUAGUCCAAAUAUCAACUUCACUCUAAUGAGUUUCCCAUAACCUGUGGAAGCCAAUAUCUGAUACUGCAAUGUCACAAAGAAAAGGGUUGUCGAGUGGCGGGCGAAAGCAUCGAGGACAUAAUUACAUCCACAAAAAUGAAAUUCUGGUCGGUGAUAAGGGCCGCGAAGUUGUGGAGAGUAUAAAUGAAAAUUCAUUGGUAAUAAAGCAUUUUCGUGAAUAUAGUGCUGAGUUAGAUCGCAAACGUGACCGAUAUGAAGCAAUUAUAAAACUGAGUCGUGAUGUGACCAUAGAAAGUAAAAGGAUAAUCUUUCUCUUGCAUACUUUCGAUAAAGAAAGCAAGAGAGAAACCGUCCUGGGCGAAGCAAAGACACGGCUUGAUACUCUUGCCAAGUCAUUAUUCAAGAGCAUUGCCCAAGAAUUGGAUGGACAAGAUCCAUAUCAGUACCUCCGUGCUUAUACUGCUGGAAUACAAGAGUACAUAGAGGCUAUAACCUUUUACCAAUAUCUUAAGGGUGACGAGUUGGACGAUUGGACAAACUUGGAGAGAUCCUUAACUUACAUGAUUCCUGCAAAAGCCGGAGAUAAUACAGAUAAUAAAGAGACUCCUGGAGAACUUGCAGAAAUUAAGACAAUGCUAACUCCACAUGAGUAUAUUUUGGGCAUUGCCGACUUAACCGGAGAGCUAAUGCGAAAAUGUAUCAAUAACUUGGGCACAGGAGAUAUAGCGAGCUGCUUCCAGACUUGCAGUUUUGUCAGAAGCAUAUACAUAGGAUUUCUGGGAUGCAUGGGCUGUUCAGGAAAAGAGAUCAAUCGAAAACUCUAUACUCUAAAGCAGAGUUUAGCAAAAAUGGAGAAUGUUUGUUACACCAUUAAAAUGCGAGGUUCGGAGAUACCUAAACACAUGCUAGCUGAUAUGGCAAUCGGAGCUGCUAGCGAAUAUGGAGCUGAAGAUGACGAAGGCUACCAUCCAUUUUGAAGGGUUAAAAGCACUUUUCUUUUUUAAAGCUUAAUCAAGUAUUUCGAUAUCAUAUCUAGACAAUGGAUCUGCGUAAUGAACAUGUAAAUAUCAUAUCCAUGCCUACAUUAAGCAUUGUGAACUCGAUACUGUACUAAACAUUUAUAUUUUCACUUGCAGAAAAAUAAUCCAUUAAUACAGACAAGAAUGAUCACUAG